AUGCCUACUGUGAACCAGUUGGUUAGGAAGGGACGACAGGCGAAGCGAAAGAAGGACAAGGCUCCUGCCUUGCGGUUUUCGUUCAAUUCGCUGAGGAACAGAGGCAGGCGCGAUUCGGGUUCGCCGCAGAAGCGGGGCGUUUGCACCCAGGUUCGUACGCAAACGCCGAAGAAGCCGAACUCUGCGCUGCGCAAGGUUGCGAGGGUGCGCCUGACCAACGGUAUGGAGGUUACAGCCUACAUUCCGGGCGAAGGGCACAACUUGCAGGAGCACUCCGUCGUGUUGAUUCGCGGCGGGCGUGUGAAGGACCUGCCCGGUGUGCGCUACCACAUCGUCCGAGGAGCGUUGGACACAUCCGGCGUUGACGGUCGCAAGCGCGGUCGCAGCAAGUAUGGCAGUAAGAGGAAUUAG